AUGCCGAGUUUGACUUCAGCCUCUGGUGUCCUGGGCUUCCUUUCUGACGAAGAACCGGAGCUCAAGAUUUUCGCCCUUCAAACCCUGAACGACGAUAUCGAUACACUAUGGACAGAAGUUGCAGGCUCUGUUUCUCAGAUUGAGGCGCUUUACGAAGAUGAAUCCUUCUCGGAGCGACAAUUAGCAUCCUUGGUAUUGGCAAAGGUCUAUUAUCAUUUACAAGCAUACAAUGAGAGUAUGACAUUUGCUCUUGGAGCUGGUGAUCUCUUCCAACUCGACAAAUCAGGCGAAUUCGAAGAAACCAUCAUCUCGAAAUGUGUCGACACUUAUAUCAGUGUAUCUGCUCAACAUCAUGCCGCACCACAAAAAAGUAAAAAUGAUAGUGCUUUACCUACCCUCGCAACUACAUUCGCCAGCGGAAUCAAUGAUGGCAGUGCUGCCGCUGCGCUAACUUCACCUGUGACGCCCUUCUCGCAAUCUACUCUGCCAUCCAAAUCCCUCUUAUCACGAGUCUCUACCGAUAACAUGUUGGAACAGCCCGUCGCAGAAGGCAAGACCUCGGAUUCAGCUAUUUUACCAGAUCGAUCUACUCAGGUUGCGCUCCAAAAAGUCAUCGAGAGACUUUUUGAAAGUUGUUUACGCGAAGGGAGAUACAGACAGGUUGUUGGAAUUGCAGUAGAGGCUAGAAAUCUAGAAGUCUUGCGACGAGUCAUCAAGCGUGCUAGUGACGAUGAGAAGAAGUCGAAAUCAAAGCUUCCCGAGGGCACAGCUGGACCAACAGAAGAAUUGAUGGAAUAUGUCUUGGACAUUUGCAUGGGCGUUGUACAAGAAAGAGGGCUUCGAACGGAAAUACUGAAGUUGAUCUUGGAUCUGCUAAAUGAUAUACCAACUCCGGAUUAUUUUGCAAUUGCAAAAUGCGUCGUCUAUCUUAACAUAGACGAGGAGGCAUCGGCAAUGUUAAAAAAACUUGUGGCUAAGGGCGAUCAGACCUCCACCGCUAUAGCAUACCAAAUCGCUUUCGACCUGUAUGAUAAUGGCACUCAAGAAUUUUUGGCCAAAGUCAUUAAAUCUCUACCCAAAAAAGCUACCGAUGCCGAACCAUCUACAGAGGAGCCAACGGAAUCCGAUCAACUUUUAGGAGAAUUGAAUGAUCAAGCUGGAGGAUCCACUGAAGUGGCCUCAGAUGAACAAAUCAAGGUUUAUGAUUCGAUUCGAAAAAUUCUUGAUGGCAGUGAGACCAUCAGACUUAAUCUCGAAUUUUUGUAUCGAAAUAACCACACCGACCUCAGCAUCCUCAACAAAGUCCGUGACAGCCUUGAAGGUCGAAACUCCAUCUUCCAUUCAGCUGUUACGUUCUGCAAUGCUUUCAUGAACCACGGCACAACCAAUGAUAAAUUCUUCCGUGACAAUCUAGAGUGGCUAGGAAAGGCAGUCAACUGGUCAAAGUUUUCUGCUACUGCUGCACUUGGUGUCAUUCAUCGCGGCAACCUCUCCCAAGCUAAGAGAUUGUUGGAGCCUUAUUUACCAAGAGCCCCGUCUGUUGGAGGUUCAUCUUAUAGCCAAGGUGGUGCUCUUUAUGCUUAUGGGUUAAUUUACGCCAAUCAUGGCGCCGAGGCGCUCGAGGAUUUGAACAAAGCCUUUUUGGAGAACCAAGAAGAGGUUAUUCAGCACGGAGGUGCUUUGGGGUUGGGAAUUGCUGGUAUGGCCACAGGCAAUCGACAAAUCUACGAGGAUUUGAAAAACGUGCUUUACGGCGAUUCUGCACUCAAUGGUGAGGCCGUUGGCCUUGCGAUGGGUCUCAUCAUGUUGGGAACUGGUAAUAUGAAGGUUCUGGAAGAAAUGAUUGUCUAUGCUCAUGAAACUCAACACGAGAAGAGUGUUCGAGGUCUUGCUAUCGGCAUGGCAUUAAUUAUGUACGGCACACAAGAAGGAGCUGAUGAAAUCAUCAAAGCAUUGUUGAAUGAACCGGAUCCAACUCUUCGUUAUGGUGGUAUCUUGACCGUCGCUUUGGCAUACUGCGGCACAGGAAGCAACAAGGCGGUGCGCAAGUUACUUCAUGUAGCCGUCAGCGACGUGAACGAUGAUGUCCGUCGUGUUGCUGUCAUGAGUUUGGGUUUCAUUCUCUUCCGCAAGCCCGGAAGUGUGCCACGUAUGGUCGAACUUUUGUCUGAAUCUUACAACCCACAUGUUAGGUACGGUGCUGCUAUGGCUCUUGGUAUCUCUUGUGCUGGUACUGGUCUUGACGAGGCAAUCGAUUUGCUUGAGCCUAUGAUGAAAGACCCUACAGACUUUGUUCGACAAGGUGCCUUGAUCUCUCUCGCCAUGAUCAUGGUUCAACAGAAUGAGGUAAUGAAUCCUAAGGUUGCGGAAAUUCGCAAAACAUUGAAGAAGGUUGUUGCGGAUCGUCACGAGGAUGCCAUGGCCAAAUUCGGUUGUGCAUUGGCGUUGGGUAUAAUUGAUGCUGGAGGUCGUAAUUGCACAAUCGGGUUACAGACUCAAACAGGUAACCUCAACAUGGCUGGUAUUGUCGGUAUGGCAGUCUUCACUCAAUACUGGUACUGGUUCCCAUUCACCCAUUUCCUCUCCCUGACUUUCACUCCUACAUCCAUGAUUGGCUUGAACCAAGAAUUGGAGAUUCCAAGUUUCAAAUUCCACAGUGCUACUCGACCAAGCCUCUUCGACUACCCCCCAGAGCAAGAAGUCAAGACGGAGGAUGCACCAACUUUAAUCGCAACAGCCGUUCUAUCGACAACUGCUCAAGCAAAACGCAGAGCACAAAAGAAGGAACGUGCUCAACGACGAGAAAGUAUGGAUAUUGACCAAACGCCUACCACGCCAAAGCUCCCAACUGCAACUGACGACAAGAUGGAAGUGGACGAUUCAACCAAGGAUACGGAAGAUAAAGUUGCUGAGAAGAAGGAUGAAAACGAAAAAGAUACCCCUGCAGAAACCCUGAAGAAGAAACUUGAGAAAGAGAAGGUUGGGUACGAGAUUGAGAACAUGUCUCGAGUCCUUCCAUCUCAACUCAAGUUCAUCAGUUUCCCAGCCGGUCGUUAUAAGCCAGUCAAGAAACCUACUGGAGGCGUCAUUGUGAUGAUUGAUACUCAGCCAGGAGAGGAGAAGGUCUUGAUUGAAGAAAAAGUGAAGAAGGUUGAGGUUGAAAGGGCUUCGAUGAGUGCAACUCUUGAGGAUAUGCGUGUAGAGGCUCUCAGCGUGCGCGAGGGAGGUGACGUCCCUUACCCCAGAACUCCUGCAAAUGAAGGUGAAUGGGCUUUCCCCGGAGCAGCAGCUGCAGCAGGUGUUUUGACUGCUGUCGAUGAAGAUGAAGAGGGCGCCGAGGAAGCUCCUGUACCCCGGGAUUUCGACUAUUUCUCCGAUGGGGAAGAAGAGUAA